AAUAAACAAAUUGUGUCGUAGGUAUGAAAGAAAAUUUGAAAAAUCUACACAAUUUCGGUCGAUGGAAAAUCCCGGGUUUUCUAGUUGGAUGUCACGAGAGUGAUCUAAUAAAUCUAUCCCCGAUAGGAAUCACGAAUGAACAAGCGGCCCGAUUCUUCAGUAUCAUCCAAACACGCGUAAAUAGUCGCGUCCGCGUUAUCCCGAAACGUGGAAUUCAACGCUUUAUCCGAUCGUCGAUUGUAUUCUUGGCAGCGCACUGUACCAAACAAGAAGAGAAAUGCAAAUCUACAUUUAUUAUACACGUUUCUAGACGAUAAGCGCACGCGUUCGAGAAGAGGGAUCGAACGGCGACGGUUCUCUUAUCUUCGCGUGAUACAGCGUUUUCGUCAUAUUCAUCAGUUUAUCUUUACUUCUCAGACGCGCAGAUUUCUCGUGUUUUUUUCGCGAUCGUGAUUACGAUAGAUCCGAGGUAUGGAGAAUUUGCGCAUGUGGAGACAAUGCGCCGUGCACCCGAAGCCACCGGAAGAGAUACUGCGAUCCGUAUCUCUAUCCGAAAAGUGUUUAACGGGCCCCGGUCCCAGCAAUUGCUCUCGUCGGGUGCUCCAUUCUCUCGGGCAGCAAGUGCUCGGUCACCUUCAUCCGGAGAUAUGCCAGUUAAUGGACGAUGUCAAGGCGGGCCUGCGGUAUGCCUUUCAAACUAGGAACAGGCUCACCCUGGCUCUAAGCACGUCCGGUCACGGCGGCAUGGAAGCUUGCUUGAAUAAUUUACUCGAGCCGGGCGAGACCGUGUUGAUCGCCAAAUGUGGCAUUUGGGGGGAACGCGCGGCCGACAUGGCCAGUCGCAUUGGCGCAAAUGUGAAAUAUCUGGAAACGGCGUAUGGCGUACCGUUCGACCACGUCGCUCUGGACGAGGCUCUCUCGAGACACCGGCCGGCGGUCGUGUUUGUGACGCACGGGGAAUCGUCGACGGGCAUGAAGCAACCUCUGGAAGGCGUCGGCAAAUUGGUUCACAAAUACGAGGCCCUGUUGAUCGUCGACACGGUGGCAUCCUUGGGCGGAGAGCCGUUCUUCAUGGACGCCUGGGAAGUGGACGCGACUUACACCGGCAGCCAGAAAGUCCUCGGCGCACCUCCAGGACUGACGCCCGUCUCCUUUAGUUCACGCGCGGAGACGAAGAUAUUUCGGAGAACGAAGCAGCCCGCUUACUACUGGGACGUGAAAAUCCUCGGCGAUUAUUGGAAUUGUUUUGAUGCGCCGCGACGGGUGUAUCAUCACACAGUAAGCGCUACGUUAGUGUACGGCUUGAGAACGGCUCUAAUGCAGCUCGCGGAGGAAGGACUUCCCGCUUCCUGGAUGAGGCACGCGAUGGCGGCAGACAAAUUCAGGGAAGGCCUUCAACGCAUCGGGCUACGAUGUUACAUCGAGGAUCCGCGGUACCAGUUGUCGACAGUUACCUCGAUAAAACUUCCAUCUGGUAUCAACGGCGACAUCUUGAUCGCGCGAACUAUGAAAAAGUACAAAAUUGAAAUCAGUGGUGGUCUAGGACCAACAGUUGGUAAAAUUUUGCGCGUCGGUUUAAUGGGGAUCAAUGCGCGAACUCAAAUCGUUCAUCGUGUACUUUUCGCUCUCCAGGAUGGAUUGCAAUACUCACUAAAAACAAAAAUGUGAAUCGAUGAAAACUUAUUGAUAAGUAUUGUAUAAUAGACAAAGUUAAAUGUGGAUCAAAUCACGCCACGUAGUUUUGGAGAUUGUACGAGGCUGUUAUUUAACAAUGGUAAUAAUAAUAAUAAUUGGCAUUUAAUAAAUCGUUUUGGCACAGUA